UUUUUCCUCCUCAAAGUCUUUAUCAGGCUUUCUCCUCUGUGGACAUGGAAAUAGGAAAUAGUACCAUUCUGACUGAAUUCAUCUUGGUGGGCUUCUCAGCACACCCACAGUGGCAGCUGACCCUAUUUGGAAUAUUUCUCGUGCUCUAUUUGAUGACUUUGUCAGGGAACAUGACCCUGGUUAUCCUAAUCGGAAUUGAUUCCCGUCUGCACACCCCUAUGUACUUUUUCAUUGGCAAUCUGUCCUUUUUGGAUUUUUGGUACACUUCUGUGUACACUCCCAAAAUCUUGGCUAAUUGUAUCUCAGAAGACAAAUGUAUUUCCUUGGCUGGAUGUGGAGCACAGUUGUUUUUUUCCUGUGUUGUAGCCUACACUGAGUGCUAUCUCCUAGCAGCCAUGGAAUAUGACCGGUAUGCAGCAAUCUGUAACCCAUUACUUUAUUCAAGUAUUAUGUCCAGUUCUCUCUGUACUGGGCUCAUUGCUGGCUCCUACUUAGGAGGGCUUUUGAAUGCCAUAGCCCAUACUGCCAACACUUUCCGCUUGAGUUUCUGUGGUAAAAAUAUUAUUGACCACUUCUUCUGUGAUGCACCACCAUUGGUAAAAAUGUCUUGUACAGAUACCCACGUCUAUGAAAAAGUCCUCCUGGGUGUAGUGGGCUUCACAGUCCUCUUCAGCAUUCUUGCCAUCCUGAUUUCCUAUUGCAACAUCCUUCUGGCUAUCCUGAGGAUCCGCUCAGCCUUAGAAAGGCGCAAGGCCUUCUCCACCUGUGCUUCACACCUCAUCUCUGUCAUGCUCUUCUAUGGAUCCCUGCUCUUCAUGUAUUCAAGGCCAAGUUCCACCUACUCCCUGGAGAGAGACAAAGUGGCUGCUCUGACCACACCAUGGUCAGUCCACUGCUCAACCCUCUCAUCUACAGCCUGAGAAACAAAGACGUCAAAGAGGCCUUGUGGAAAGCAACACAAACCAUAAGGCCACAGAGAUGAAGGUUAUUUUUUUUGCAGAAUGUUCUUAUUGCAUA